AUGGCCUACUAAAACUAAUAAAAUCUGCCUUAAAUUGGAAGCAAUUCUAUCAUUGCUUAGAAUUCUCCAGCUGUUUAUUCUAAUAAAGCAAAUGAUUUCGUUAGCUAAAUACUAGGAAAGCAAAGUACAAAUCAAAUGUUGAGUUAUGAGACUAAUAAAUAUUCCUCUUCUUCUAAUGAUGAUGUAAUCAGGAUGAAAUCAGAACUUUAAGCUUGUCAAAAGUAGCUAUAAUUAUUCAAGUAAGCAGAUGAAGAGAAAAAUAGAAAAAUAGAACAGCAAAGAGCUGAAAUAACAAAGUUAAGGAAGGAUACAUUUGACUAUAAAUCUUAGAUAAACAUAUUAUCUUUGAAACUGGAUGAAGAGAGAAAAAAGAACUAAGAACUAAGAGGUGCAGCUAGACCGAGAGGUGCAGUGGGAGGCGAAAAUGGUCAAUCAGAUAAAGAUCUAGAGGAGAUAAGAGCCCUAUAAUUAGCAAUCUAAUUUGAGGAACAAGAGAGAAGGCAAAGAGAUAGAACAAUGAUGAUGGAAAUGAUGAUGGGGCAUCCAGCUAUGCUUUUAGGAAGUUCUUAAUAACUUAUGGAGCAGUAACAGCUUGAAAGAGUAAUUGAAGAGAGUAAAAGAGAUAAUCCUGACAAUAUGACAUAUGAACAGAUGCUGGAACUAGGUGAAAGAAUCGGAAAAGUUUCAAAAGGCUUUACAAAGGAGUAGAUAUCUAAGAUCCCAUGGAAAUUCUGGAGGACUAACUCAACUAAGCAGAAUAGCUGUUCGGUUUGCUUUGAGGAAUUUGCGAACAAUCAAAAAUUCAAAAUUUUACCAAAUUGUCAACAUGAAUAUCAUAGUGAAUGUAUAAAUAAGUGGCUUGAAGAUGAAAAAAGAUGCCCAGUCUGCAACAAAAAUGUUGAAGUUGUCUGA